GAGAAGUAUAGAGAUUUUGGUGUAGUCCUGUCCAUUUUCAAUGGUCUUUUCACAUCAACAACCCGUGAGACAACUAGGUAUUGGUGGAUUUAUAUAAACAGGCAAGACCGCAAGACAGCUCUAAAAGUUGGUGCUCCCAUGUUCCUGCUUUACUGGAGGUUUUUCUUUUUUUUUUGACAUUUAGAAAGCUUUAAUCAUUAAAGGGAAAAUUUACCUUUUCCUUCAAUGGAGAUUUCAUCAAUUAGAGAGCUACCUGAAUUUGUAAGACUCCUUUCAAGUUAUUUCUUGUUCCUAUAUGUUAUUGAUUCAUUUGUUCUAAGUACUGUGUGUCUGCAACAGAUGUCAAAUCCUCAGGGAAUAAUGGAGGAUCCUAACUUGUUCCAUCAGUGGCAUAUGAACUCUCUUGACGAGCUCAGUUUCCUCCCAGUAACAGCUGCUGUUGAUAACUAUCCGGAUUACAGUGGCGCCAUUGGUAGACCUCCAAAGCAGCUUAAAACCAACUGCUGGGGGGAUUCAUGCAAUGUAUCAAACCUUGAAGCUUCUGUUUUUUCUCCUGACGCUCUCUCUUUUGCCGCUUCCAACAACGUAAUAAAUCCAAGGGGGAUUUUGAAGCCUAAAGAAGAAGAAGCUGCUUGUUCUAAGAGCAUGGAACCUUUCCCUUCUGAGAUCUUGUUCUCUCAAAACCCCUUUGGAACCCAGAAUUAUGUGCUUAAGGGUUGCCAUGGAUCUAAGAGGCUUGGAAUUUCUCAGACACAAGACCAUAUCAUGGCUGAAAGGAAACGCCGUGAAAAACUCAGCCAGCGGUUCAUAGCUCUCUCUGCUAUUGUUCCUGGCUUAAAGAAGAUGGACAAGGCGUCGGUGCUUGGAGAUGCUAUCAAGUACCUGAAACAACUGCAGGAGAAAGUGAAGACACUUGAGGAGCUGACUAGAAAGAAAUCAAUGGAAUCAGUUGUUUUCGUGAAGAAAUCCCAUCUCUCUGCCGCGGACAAUAUUGAUGACUUUCAUCAGCCAUUACCAGAGAUUGAAGCAAGGUUUUGUGACAAAAGUGUUCUUGUAAGAAUCCAUUGUGAGAAAAGAAAAGGAUUCCCCGAGAAAAUCAUGUCUGAACUCGAGAAAUCUCACCUAACUGUCAUCAAUAGCAAUACCGUCACAUUUGGGAGUUCCGCUGUUGACAUAACAAUUGUCGCUCAGAUGGAUAUAGAAUUCUGUAUGACAGUAAAGGAUUUUGUGAAGAAGCUUCGUUCAGCUUUUGAAUCGCUCAUGUGAACAAAUUUCCCUUUUAAUUAAGUAUAAUAAUAAGCUUUUCUAUCUUGGUAUGCAUAUAUAUAGUUUCAGAGUCUGAAAAACAAAGGUCUUAUAAUGCUCCACCAUUGAACACCAUCAUCAAGCCAUUGUUAGCUGAUCAGAUCAGGUUUAUUUUUACAAGAGGAUUGUUGUUUCCAGUCAACUUUUUUCUUUUUUCUUUUUGCAUGGACCGACUAUUUGGGCAUGUUGGGUUAAUUCCCUCUUGUUGUAUGACAUGACAGCUCCUUUGGUUUUUCUUUGGGAGGUUGAAAAUUCAACCAAACCUAUAUAUAUAUAUAUAUAUAUAUAUAUAUAUAUGAUGUCGUGUAUCCCUUUAUUUCCAAGGUUGAAAAGGGUGGAAAAAUAAACAUGGUUUUUUUUAGGUGUGUGGACAAACUGGCCUUUGUUGGAGGGUUUUAGAGGAACCUCGAGCCUCUUUCUUCUUUGUAAUAAUAUCUUAGAUAUCACUAUCUGGUUUUGUAAUAGUUUGAAAAAAACAUUAAUGAAGUAUAGUUAUACUUUCUUAUGAUGUUUGUGGUCUUGGGAAAUUCCCAAAUUUGUAAAAGCAGAAGAAAAUAUAAAAACAUGCAUGGCAUAUAUAUA